CUCCGAAUUCUCGUCCGAAGAAAACCCAUCCUUGUACUCUCAUUUAGAUAGUUGAUUUUUCUAAGCUCUAACUCCAUGAUGAGCAAGAUAGAGCACCGGAUUGGUUGCAAGACAUAGAAGAGAAUGAUGGUAGAGAUGGUUCCUUCUCCUGUUAGGAAAUUUUGGAAAGAAUGGGAGCUCGUAGGGGCAGCUGUGCUCAGCCUCACACUCCAAAUCGUUCUCAUUACAACGGGCAACCGCAGGAAGUACAUUCGUGGAACUUGGUUUAGAAUUAUUGUUUGGUUUGCCUAUAUGAUGGCUGACUCUGUAGCGACUAUAGCCCUCGGUAUACUAUCAAAUGAUCUCGGGCAGAUAUACCAUGGUGAAGGUCAUAAUAAUUUGGGUACUAAUGCUUUGAUAUAUGACGAUAAGGGUCAUAUGAAUGUGGGUACUAAAGCUUAUAUUAAUGAGGGUACUAAGCUCAAAGCAUUCUGGGCACCCUUUUUCCUGCUGCAUUUAGGUGGUCCUGAUACAAUCACUGCCUACUCCUUAGAAGAUAAUGAGUUGUUCCUCAGGCACCUCGCCGGACUAAUAGUCCAGACAAUUACUGCACUUUACAUCAUCUUGCUUGCCUGGACAAGUUCUCAUAUUUCUUACCUAUCCAUUGCAGUGAUAGUGGUAGGCUGCAUCAAGUAUGGGGAGAGAACAUUUAGCCUUUGGAAAGCAAGCUGGAACAAACUCCAAAAUACUAUCCUCACUGAUCCGGAUCCUGGCCCAAACUAUUCAAGGUUUAUGGAAGAAUAUGAAUCGAGAGAUGAGGAGGGUUUCUUUGUGGACAUAAUAGAAACGAAGGAGGGCCAGGGUAACUUGGAUGAAAUUGUGCCUGAAACAACUACUGAUGAUAUGGUCAAAGCUCAUGAUCUAUUUCAGACAUUCAAGAGUUUGUUUGCAGAUCUAAUCCUUAGCUUUCAUGACCGAACGAGAAGCCAAGAUUUGUUCAAGAAAUUGACAGAUAAAAAUGCUUUCAAAGUGAUCGAGAUUGAACUAGGAUUCAUGUAUGAUCUGCUUUUUACAAAGGCGCCAGUUAUUUAUACUCCCUGGGGUCUUGCUCGACGCUUCAUCACUUUCUCCCUCACCUCUUUUGCUUUUCUGUCUUUUAUACUUGAUGACAAACUGAGGCACAAAGGCAACACGAUUGAUUUUGUGGUCACUUCACUUUUGCUUGUUGUAGCUGUUUUGCUAGAGAUAUAUGCAGCUCUUGUUGUCCUUUUCUCGGAUGAAACCAGAACUUGGUGGAUUAAGCGUAGGAAGAGCACUGCACAACCAUCAAACAGUCGUUUUAAAGAAUGGUUCAAGUGGUUUAAGGUGAAGAGUUGGUUUACGGAUAAGAGGUGGUCAAAUUCCAUGGCACAAUACAGUCUAUUACGGCUUAGCCUUAAGGAAAAACAUAGCAUUCGGAUAACUGAAGAAUUUUGUUAUAAAAAAUACAAAAAGUUCACUGAAGAAUACAGAAAGCUGAUCUUUGACCAUGUCAAAGAUAAGUUUGAUAAGUUUGAUAAGUUGGAAAAAAAUGCAAAGCUAGAGCCGAGAAGCACGAGCACACUCGAUACAGUUAUUAGGGAGUUAUGCAGCCAAAGGGGCAAAGGCAUAAUUGAGAAAUAUCAGAAGCAGAAAAAUAAGGUUGCUCUUGAAUGGGGUAUCCUUGAAUGGAGUGUAAGUGUUGAAUUUGACCAAAGCAUCCUUAUCUGGCACAUGGCUACAGAAAUCUGCUACUACUCAGAAAACCUUUCUGAUGAUGUCAAAUUAAGUGGAAAUUUCAGUCUGCACAUGUCAAGGUACAUGUUGUAUCUCUUAGUCAUUUGUCCCUUCAUGUUGCCGGCAGGGAUUGGGUUUAUCAGGUUCCGAGACACUUGUGCUGAGGCCAUGGAAUUUUUCAAUGAGCGAAUGUCCACUAGUUGGGAUGAAGGCAGGACCAGCAGGGAUCGAGGCACCGUUUCUGGCAACAAACCUACUAGUCCAUCUGUUAAUAAGUCUAGAGGUUGGAGUUUUCUCCCUCAACCUAAUUUCCUGGCUCCGUUCCUGCCUACUUGUUCCAGUUCCAGUGUUGUAGACGUUGAAGAAAGAAGAAAAAAGGCUUGCAAGUCAUUGCUUGAAGUGAGAACAGAUGUUCCUCCCAUCAAAGUCAAAGGCGAUAGAAGCAAAUCUGUGUUGUUUGAUGCUUGCAGGCUAGCACGGACGCUGGGUACUAUAUCAGGUUCAGAUCAAGCGUUCAAAUGGAAUCUAAUAAAAGAUAUGUGGUUGGAGCUGCUAGCUUAUGCCGCUUGUCAUUGUAGUGGGAAUGAUCAUGCUCGGCAGCUGGGAAAAGGCGGGGAACUUCUGACUCAUGUGUGGCUUCUUAUGGCUCAUUUUGGCCUCACUGAGCAGUUCCAGAUAUCUCAAGGCCAUGCAAGAGCCAGGCUGGUUACCAAAUAGUACCACAGACAUGCAUCAUGUUUUAAUUUGGAAAUGAGAGAUCAUGACUUAAAAGUACUGAAAUUCAAGUAUUAAUUGUACUCUGGACUGAAAAACUUUCCUUUGAAAACUAAUCUUCUGACUUCAUGCUUUUAUUUAUUUUUUAUUUUUUAUUUGUGUCUAUGAUCAGGAUGUAUACAGACUAGCUUUCGUACAUCUUGAGGCUGAUUCCUCUACUAAUGCAUUUAAGAAAAUUAAUUUCCUUAA